CCAGGUUACUAUCUAGGGGUCGGUGCGCAAGCGCAGUACAUCGUUUGACCCGGAGGAGAAGCUAGACAGCCAUUUUGGCUAGAAGGAGUUUGGUCUCCGGAGUCACCACGUGAAAGCUAGAAACGAAGUGUGUUUUAGGGUUUGCUGUUAUUGGGUCCUUUUUUAUUUUCUUGUCCAAUGCGUUGAACACCGGGAAGUGGAUUAAACACAAGAUAUUACGAAGAUGCCAUCAGUCACUUUGCCACCUAAAGAGAAUGCUCUUUUUAAGAGGAUUCUGCGUUGUUACGAACACAAGCAAUACAGAAAUGGGCUGAAGUUUUGUAAACAGAUUCUUUCCAACCCUAAAUAUGCAGAACAUGGAGAAACUCUAGCGAUGAAAGGUUUAACACUGAAUUGCUUGGGAAAGAAAGAGGAAGCUUAUGAUUUGGUGCGAAAAGGAUUAAGAAAUGACUUGAAAAGUCAUGUCUGCUGGCAUGUGUAUGGACUUCUCCAGAGAUCAGACAAGAAGUAUGACGAAGCCAUUAAAUGUUACAGAAAUGCACUAAAGUGGGAUAAGGACAAUCUUCAGAUUCUGCGUGAUUUGUCUCUGCUGCAAAUUCAGAUGAGGGACCUUGAAGGUUAUAGGGAAACACGGUAUCAGUUACUGCAGCUUCGGCCAGCACAGCGAGCAUCAUGGAUAGGCUAUGCAGUUGCUUAUCACCUUUUGGAGGAUUAUGAAAUGGCAGCAAAGAUAUUAGAAGAAUUCAGAAAGACACAACAGCUAACAGGAGAGCUGCUGUUAAAAUUGGACCGUUUAGAGGAAGCUGUCCGGGUCUAUCUAAGUCUGCAAGAAAGAAAUCCUGAAAACUGGGCAUACUACAAAGGCCUUGAAAAGGCUCUCAAACCGGGCAGCAUGGAGGACAGAUUGAAGAUCUUUGAAGAAGCAUGGCUGAAGUAUCCAAAAGGAUUAGUACCCAGACGACUGCCUUUAAACUUUUUAGUUGGUGAGAAACUUCGUGAGUGUCUGGACAGGUAUUUGAGAAUCAACUUCAGCAAGGGGUGUCCUCCAGUAUUUAACACUUUGAAAUCACUAUAUAGUGACCCAGAAAAGGUGUCAUUAAUAGAAGAAUUGGUAGUUGGCUAUGAAACCUCACUACGAAGCUGUGGUUUAUUUAAUCCAAAUGAUGAUGGUAAAGAAGAACCUCCUACAACUUUACUUUGGGUUCAGUACUACUUGGCACAACAUUAUGACAAGAUUUCGCAGCCAUCCUUAGCUUUGGAAUAUAUAAAUGCUGCAAUAGAAAGCACACCAACAGUUAUUGAGUUAUUCCUUGUGAAAGCCAAAAUUUAUAAGCAUGCUGGAAAUAUCAAAGAAGCUGCAAGAUGGAUGGACGAGGCCCAAGCACUGGACACAGCUGACAGGUUUAUCAACUCCAAAUGUGCUAAAUACAUGCUGAAAGCCAACAUGAUUAAAGAGGCGGAAGAAAUGUGCUCAAAAUUUACGAGGGAAGGGACUUCUGCAGUCGAAAAUUUAAAUGAAAUGCAGUGCAUGUGGUUCCAGACAGAAUGUGCCUUAGCAUAUAAAUCCAUGGCCAGAUUUGGUGAUGCACUUAAGAAGUGCCAUGAAAUCGAACGGCAUUUUGUAGAGAUCACAGAUGACCAGUUUGACUUUCACACAUACUGCAUGAGGAAAAUGACUCUACGAUCUUAUGUUGAUUUAUUAAAAUUGGAAGAUGUCCUCCGACAACACCCGUUUUACUUUAAAGCUGCAAAGACUGCUAUUGAAAUCUACUUGAAGUUGCACGAUAGCCCACUUACAGAUGAGAACAAAGAACAUGAGGCUGAGGCAGCAAACCUGUCUGACAAAGAAUUGAAAAAGUUAAGAAACAAGCAGCGGAGAGCACAGAAAAAGGCACAGUUAGAAGAAGAAAAAAAGAAUGCAGAAAAGGAAAAACAGCUUAGGAAUCAAAAGAAGAAGAAAGAUGAUGAUGAUGAAGAAAUUGGUGGACCAAAGGAAGAGCUGAUACCAGAUAAAUUAGCUAAGGUUGAAAACCCAUUAGAAGAAGCUAUUAAAUUUUUGACACCACUGAAAAACCUUGUCAGAAACAAAAUUGAGACUCACCUUCUUGCCUUUGAAAUUUACUUUAGAAAAGAGAAGCCCCUCUUAAUGUUGCAGUCUGUGAAAAGAGCUUUUGGUAUUGAUCCUCACCACCCAUGGCUUCAUGAGUGUCUGAUCCGCUUCUUUAAAACAGUUUGCACAGAUAAUGAAGCAGCUGAUGUGGUUCGAGCAGUUUUAAUGCAGGAAAUUAAUCGUUUAUUUGGAGAAACCAAUCCAAGGAGUUACAAUGAAAAUUUUCUUAAAAAGCACUCCUCGUCAAUAUCACAUAGAUUAGCAGUGGCCAAGAUGAUGUAUUACUUGGAUCAUUCAACUCAAAAAAAGGCUUUGGAACUGGCAACAGCACUGGACGAGUCUCUUAGUAAUAGGAACAUUGGAGUAUGCACUGAUGUUUUGGAAGCCCUCACUAAAGGAUUUCUAGGAGAAUGUAAAGAAAUAGCAGAAGCCUACAGGGCAGACUGUCACAGGCUUUAUCCUUAUGCAGUAGCAUUUAUGCCUCCUGGUUAUGAAGACGAUAUGAAGAUCACAAUGAACGGUGAUAAUUUUGCUGAUCUUGAAGAGCUGGCCAAUGAGAUGUGAAGAGACAUCAACCAACAACCUGUGUAGCUUAAUGGAUCUUGGACAUUUAAUGCCUAGUAUUUUUGCCAUGCACCUGUAACAUUAUUUUGUCUUUUCUGUAUGGAUAACACCAAUGAUGCAGAAAUGUUGCCUUUGAACAGCGUUUUACAUUUUUUUUUAUCCACUGUCUUCAUCUGAAUCAUUGAACAAAACUUGGAUUAUUUAAUUUCUCUUAUGUGGAAAAUAAGUUGUUUUGAGGAGAUAAAUUAUUCUGUGAUCAACUACCCCUGUUUUUAAGCUAAGUUAUGUAAAAGUCACACAGUGUCUGUUACAAAUAGUGACCAAGCAGGUGUGUGGCAGAAAUAUUAAAAUGGUGUUGAGUUUUGAGAUUAUCUCAGACAGCAAGAUGCACUGUUACAGCACUGGAUUAUUUCACAGAGCACAAGUUUUGUGUUGGGUAUUUAGUGUCUGACUCGAGAGAAGUGGACAACAAGCAGUCCAUAUGAAAUUAGAGGUGGAUUGUGCUAUGCAGUGCUAAAGGCAUCGGAAGUUUUAUCAUGGAAUUUGCAACAGUGAAUGCUGAGCCAGAGGACAGGCUGUGAAUGGAGGUGUUCAUCAGGAUUUGUUGUGCCGGUAAAAUGUCUCUUCAUGGUUCCAUGUCAUGCUGCAGUACUGUACCAUAGGCCUUGUUUGUGACCGCCUUUACUUUUAAGAAAGACUUGGACAAAAAUCGCCACAACUGACUUGAACACAGGUUGUCACUUAAGGUUGCAGUAGCUGAAAUGUCAGUGCACGCAGUAUGAACAUCUAAGCAUCAUUGCAGUAAUGAGGCAGCAGUCAAAAAACGGCAUUUGCUUCUCGGAAUGGUUAGAGAUGAACACCACCUCUUAGAAAGUCACAAAGGGCAGCACUGCUGAUGUCCACAUUUUAUAUCAAGUAAAAUGGACUAACAGUUAAAAAAAAAAAUUGGCAGUCCACAUACAUCCGAGUUAAGAUAUGAUGUGCUGCAGUUUUAGAUACCUCUGGAUUUUUUCCACAGUGUAACCAGUUUGUAAUACUUGAAGAUCUGUGUUUCUAAAAUUGUAUUUCUUGGACUUCUGUUUGGCAUACCCCAGACUUUGUACCUUUUUAACAGGGGCCAGAGAGUCCCUCCCCCCCAGAACCAGACCAGCUUUUAUUUCUGCAGCUGCAUAUAUAAUUCCCCAUUUGGUGUCAGAGCAAGGUACCAAAUACACAAUGCAAUAAACUGUUUUUGAAAAAG